AGGCGCGUGGGAUCCAGCCAUGGCUCUGGAGGCGACUGUACGGCCGCCGGAGGAAACCCUCUCACUCUGGAAACGGGAGCAAGCGCGGCUGAAGACCCGCGUCGUAGACCGUGACACGGAAGCGUGGCAGCGGGACCCCGACUUCUCGGGCCUGCAGAGGAUCGGGGGCGUUGACGUGUCCUUCGUGAAAGGGAACAGCGUUCGCGCCUGUGCCUCCCUCGUCGUGCUCAGCUACCCCGAGCUCGAGGUGGUGUAUGAGGAGAGCCGCAUGGUCAGCCUGACAGCGCCCUACGUGUCGGGCUUCCUGGCCUUCCGAGAGGUGCCCUUCCUGGUGGAGGCCGUGCAGCGGUUGCAGGAGAUGGAACCAGGCCUCAUGCCCCAGGUUCUUCUUGUGGAUGGAAACGGGGUGCUCCACCACCAAGGCUUCGGAGUGGCCUGCCACCUUGGCGUCCUUACAGAUCUGCCCUGCAUUGGGGUGGCCAAGAAACUUCUGCAGGUAGACGGACUGGAGAAUAAUGCCCUGCACAGGGAGAAGAUACAACUCCUGCAGGCUGGAGGAGAUACAUUCCCUCUGAUGGGAGGCUCUGGGACUAUCCUGGGAAUGGCCCUGAAGAGCCAUGACCGCAGCGCCAAGCCCCUCUACGUCUCCGUGGGCCACAAGAUGAGCCUGGAGGCAGCCGUGCGCCUGACCCGCCACUGUUGUAGGUUCCGGAUCCCAGAGCCAGUGCGCCAGGCUGACAUCCGCUCCCGAGAGUACAUCCGCAGGACCCUGGGGCUCCCUGGGACACCUGUACCCGGGCAGGAGAGUGUCAUUACCAGGAGCCAGAAGUUGCAUAGGCCAAGGGCAUGCCCCAAAGAAGGCUCAAGAGAGUUCACAGGUGAGGGCAGGCCUUCAGAAGACAACAGCCAAGGCUCCAGGAUGGACCUGAAAGCCUCACAGCCAGAAACAGUAGGGCCAGGGCUGGCCGUCAAGUGAAGCUGGGCACCAUGAAGAUGCAAAGGCCACUGGUCACUGCACUCUGGCCUCAGGACAGUGACCACCCCUAAGGGGGCUGACCUCUAGGGAUUUCAGGGAACCUCACCCCACAGCUGCAGGUAAAGUACCCAGUCUUCACAAAAAGACUGACUGUACCACCCUAUGGGGAAGCAGCUGGCACAGCCCAGCUCCUAGUAGGGUCCGGCAUUAGCUGGUGGGCUGUGGCCAUGGUAUCUCAGCAGAGGACAAAUCUCCACAGGACUGAGUGCCACACCCUGAGAGUGUGUGAGACUGCUUUUCCAGAACCCACAGAGGGAUUUGGGAUUCACAUGCCAGGUGGGCUGAGCUGCCAGCCUGUGCGGACACCCACAGCUUCCCCGUCCACCCAUGAAUACACAGG